GAGUCAUUUCCUUGCCACCCUUUUUGGGAACCCACUUCCAAAUGCUCAUCCUCUCUCUCUCUCUCUCUCUUUCUAUCUCUAGGGUUUCGAUUUGACCUCCAUUUCAUCUCCUGCCAUCUUCCUCUUCGAUCUGCACUGUGACCACCAUCGCCAGCGCGAGCCACUAGUUCCAGGACGAGAAGAGACCCAUUCAGUACUCACUUGUACUCCCCCGUCAGCUGAUGGCCAAGACCAAACCGGGGAAGAAGGACCUCGAUUCCUACACCAUCAAAGGAACCAACAAGGUCGUCAAAGUCAGCGACUGCGUUUUGCUCCGGCCGUCGGAGUCGGACAAGCCGCCGUACGUGGCGCGGGUGGAGAAGAUCGAGGCCGACCACCGAAACAACGUGCGGGUGAAGGUUCGGUGGUACUACCGACCUGAGGAAUCCAUGGGCGGCCGCCGGCAGUUCCAUGGCGCCAAGGAGCUUUUCCUCUCCGACCACUAUGACGUGCAGAGUGCACACACCAUCGAGGGCAAGUGUGUUGUCCACUCCUUCAAAAAUUACACCAAGUUGGAGAAUGUCGGUGCUGAGGAUUACUUCUGCCGCUUCGAGUACAAGGCUGCCACCGGGGCCUUCACUCCUGAUCGUGUUGCUGUAUACUGCAAAUGCGAGAUGCCUUACAACCCUGAUGAUCUGAUGGUUCAAUGUGACGGAUGCAAGGAUUGUAAUUAUAGUUUGCAACUGAUAAACGAAGACGAAGGGGAGCUUGGCGCAACUGUAAAGUUGUUGCUUUGUGAUCAAAAGGUCACGGGUUCGAAUCCUGGAAACAGCCUCUUGCAAAAGGCAGGGUAAGACUGCGUACAAUGGAUCCUUCCCUGGGACCCGCAUAAUGGGAGCUUCGUGCACCGGGCUGCCCAACUGAUAAAAGAAGAAUGUUUGGAAGUGAAUGAUUAAUUUAAAUCUUUGGUUUGUUUAGUGAUAAAAUUGUGUUGUGGAUGAUUUUUUAUGUGCAUCAUGCCAGCAUUGCAACAAAGCUGACUGAUUUAAAAUGGAUAUUAACCACAACAACAUCCAAGCCUUUAUCUUAUUUUAUUGUUGCUAACCAAGUCUUCUUUGCCCUCUCUCUUCCUCUACUAAUGAAAAUGAAUAUCACUCUUAAUAAAUUUUUACCUUUAGAAGAUCUAAGUUUAUCUUAUUCCCUGAUGUUGCACUUGGUGUGAUCUGGAAUAACUGUUUUAUGAUCCUUUGCUGUGUUUUUGCGUGUGAUGAAGUCUAUUACUUGUUUUAUCUAUUUCAUCAUUUGUUCUUGGGAUUUAAUAUUUGUCUUUGUUUUCUAUUUUAGUUUCUAUCUUUCUACGCGCUAUGCAGAGGUAAAUAAAUAAUUUAUUCAAAUAGGUUCCAUCCAUCUUGCGCGGGCAUGAGUAUUGAACAA